UUAUUACGUCACCAUAAUCGUACUAUCGAUAUUGAUUUAUUACUUCGAUGUAUUAUCGAUUGUACAUAGUAUUAACCUUACUUCGGGUGUUUACUUGUCAUCUUAUAGAUAGUAUAGUAGAAGUCAACACAGAUACCUCAUGCAAUUAUAUUGAUAUAUAAUUAAGGAUUAUAUAUCCAAUUUAAUAAAGUUAAUCUUAGUGUAAUUAAUUUACGUUUUAGUGUUUACGCAAAAGUCUUCCGAUAACCUCUAUAUCCAACAGGCUAUGGGCCCAGGCUUAUACAAAUAACUGCGAGUAAUUGGACGUUAUAUCGAAAAGACAUUUUGAGGUUAAGUAAUUAAUUAGCAUGUGUUGUGAUAUAUAAAAUCCGGUGAUACACGAUGUCACAAAUAAGUACUGUGAACUCUACGAGGAUAGAAAUGCUAUCCAAAGAUAACUACGACACAUGGUGUUUACAAGCUGAAGCAUUAUUGGUCAAAAAUGACACGUGGGGCUAUGUUAGUGGUCAAAUCCCUAAACCACCGACGCCGGCAGGUGACGAAGCUGAGAAAGCUAAAAUGUAAACAGCACUAGAUGUGUGGACGAAUGGAGAUAGAAAAGCUAAAGCUGAUUUAAUAUUAUCAAUCAGUCCAUCAAAGCUCAAACAAAUACGUGGAUGUGAAACGCUACAAGCAGUUUGGAAAAAGCUCGAAUCUAUCUUUGCAUCCACUGGUCCAGCUCGUAAGGCAAGUCUGCUUAAACAGCUCAUACUUCAAAAAUUAGUUGAGGGUGACGAUGUACGAGAACAUAUAAAGAAAUUUGGUGAUGUUGUCGACAAGCUAGAAGCCAUGGAUCUAGUCAUUUCAAAAGAUUUGUUAAGUAUUAUGCUUCUAUAUAGUCUCCCGGAAUCAUAUGAAAAUUUUCGAUGUGCUGUUGAAACUCAAGACGAACUGCUUGAUUGUGAAAAAUUAAAAGUGAAAAUACUUGAAGAACCUGAAGCUCGUAAACAAGCUGUUAAAGAACCUGUAUCUGGUGUAUUGGUUGUAACCAAAAAUAACACCCAAAAGUUUGGAAAUAAUAAAAAUUAUCAACAAAAUAAUUAUGAUAAUGGUGAAAAUAAGAAAUUUCCAUUUCGACGUAGCAAGUGUCGAAAAUUAGACCAUCGUGCAGCUGAUUGCCGUUCAAAACGUCAAGUACGAAAUAAUAGAACUGAUAAAAAUUCAUUUUAUGCAAUGUCCAAUAAAACCGAAGCUGUGAUGAGGUUGAAGCAGUAGAUCUACAAAGUAGCUGGUGUCUCGAUAGCGGCUGUACAUCACAUCUAUGUCGUGAUAAAAAUAAUUUUGACAAAUUGACUGCAACUGAUCGUGGAAGGUUGAAUUUAGCAUCCAAUUCAUCAACUGAAGUAAAAGCUAAAGGUACUGUCCAAAUACAAGCUUCCGUAGGAGCGGAUACAAGUUAGAGACAAACAUGGCGAUGUCCGACUAAUAGCCGAUAGAAUAGGCGAUCUUUAUUAUCUUCGACAAUCAAGGGAAUCAGUCCAUGUGGCAGAGUCUUCAACUGAAAUGCAGAUGUGGCAUGAACGUUUGGGUCAUCUCAAUUUCAAUGAUCUAAGGCAAAUGGUCAAUAAAAACGUGGCAACGGGCAUUAAGUUCAAAAUAGGUGAACGUCAAUCCUGUAAAAUCUGCUUGAAAGGCAAAUUAUCAACGUUACCGUUUCCUGAAAGGGCUACGAAAUGUAAGAGACCACUAAAGACAGUUCACUCGGAUAUCUGCGGUCCCAUGCGGACAGAAUCAAAUGGACGAGGAAAGUAUUUUGUAACUUUCAUUGAUGAUUACUCACGUUGGUGUGAGGUAUAUAUUCUCAAAACUAAAAGUGGCGUUUUUCAGGCAUUUCGAAGUUAUCAAAAUCUUGUUGAAAAACAAACAGAAUGUCAAAUCAAGGCCCUACAGUUCGAUAAUGGCAAGGAGUACUGUUCCAAUAUAUUUGCUGGGUAUCUCCGAUCACACGGAAUUAAGAGAAGAUUCUCUGCACCGUAUACACCACAACAAAAUGGUGUGAAUGAAAGAAAGAAUAGGACGUUAGUAGAAAUGGCUAGAUGCAUGGUACUACAAUCAAGUUUACCAUCUUCGUUUUGGGCUGAAGCUAUAUUAUGGCACGCCAAAGUGAUGUCUGAGGAGCGUGUCAUAGCUAGUCGUUUAUUGCAAGCAGCAGAAAAUGUUUCACAUGAAGAAACAGCAGAGGAAAAAAAUUUUACUUCAUUGGUAAGAGAUACACGCAGAUGCUUUAGAAGAAAUGAAGUCGCUUCUAGCCCUAGCAGAGGUCGGAAAAGGAAAAGAACUUUUAAAAAGAAAGUAGUUUUGAUGAAACUAGCUCAUGCUGAUUUUUUUCCGUCAAAUUCCGAGCUCAAAUUCUUAAAACAAAGAGGUCUAGGAGAACCUGAUACAUGUCUCGAAAUAGGAAGAGAAGAGUCCUCAGUGGAAAUAAUGGAAAACAUAAUUUCAUUAUUCAAUUCUCAUAUCCAAAAUUUAUUACGUAUGUGCGGAUUUAAGUUGGCGAAGUCUGACAGAUCUAAACGAAUACAUCGUAUUGGAGAUUUUCAAGAUGGAGCUGACUUGGAAUCAAAAAUUCUGCAAAGCAAAAUCAUAAUAUUGCCUGAAAAAGAUUUUCCGUGUGAUUUACCAAUUGUUGAAGAACAAGAUCCAGUAUCAAGUCAAGCUUCUAGUAGAAAUGAUCCACAACCUUCCACGAGUAGAGCUCUUUCAACUACAAGAGGUAGCGAUUCUGAUGAUUUUCAACCACAACAAACAUCUUUUAGACCUCAUCGUAAUGUACGUGCACGAGAAAAUUAUGUGUCAAGAAUUCAAUCACGAAGAAUUGAAGAGAGCGAAAGUGAGGAGCUGGACGAAGAUGACAAUGAAAUAAGUAUCAUCGAAGAAUCUCAUGCGAACAGUUAUCAUGUACUCCUACCAUCACUUCCAAAAGAUGCAGAAACAGCAACUAUUGAAGUAUCGAGAAAUAAUUGUGUUACUGAUCUUCUAAACAUUUACAAAGAUGAAGAAAUAUUGGAUAAAAAAUUGAAUGUUUCAUUUUUGGGCGAAGUAGGUAUCGAUGGCGGCGGUCUUACUAAAGAAUUAUUUAAUAUUUUCUUCGAACAAUCUGAAAAUAUAUUGUUGCAAGGUGAAGAUUGUCUCGUUCCAUAUUUACCAUUAAACAAAAGAAACGAGCAAGACAACUUUAUAUAUUUUGGACGAAUUCUUCAGCACAUGUUACUUUUAACUCAAACAAUUCCUAGUAAAUUAUCGAGAAUUACUUUGAUCCUUAUUGCAAAUCCUCCAGGCCUAAUGCUCAGACUUUCCUGGAACAACUACAAAUCAUUGGAACUGAAAUUCUUGUCGAAAUACCUAGAAGAUUAA